CUGUCAUGUGCUUGUCGAACACCACCAGGUUGCACAAUGAUACACGAAAUACCUGUAAACUGUUCAGACACAUGGGAAGCAUGCGGAAAAGAGUGCCGGCGGCAAUGGUAUUCCUGUUUGCAUAUCAGGUGAGCAAGCAUCUUGCAAACUUCAGUGUGCAGAGGGCACCAAACGCACCUGUAUCUUUAGCGCUCGCCAGUUUUUUCCGACGACGUGGCAGCAGCAGGAGAUGUUAUGCGAUACCCAGCAGUCCAAGCUGCAUACGCCGGGUUUGGUACUCUUCAAAAAUUCACAGAUUUGCUCAACUCGUUCAACACUGCUGGCAAUGCUUGGCGAAACUGGACAGCUUCAGUGAGAAGUGCGACUUUUUACAAGAUUGGUGACAAUAUUCCCAAGCACACAUCAAGCCUCAUUCAGAGUAUGGAGGCAAACAUUCGAGGUGGCAGCAACUUCCUAAUAUCAGAUGCCCAAAAAGCUGAAUUGCCAAGUGAACCAGUGAGAUCCACCUACCUUGAACAGCUCAUGGUCGCGGUGUUGUGCGACAAAAGUCCAGGCAUGUCAGCUGUCUAUGCUGAGGCUGGCACUAGAGCUGUCGCUCUCUUUGCGAAGGUUUGUAGUCCAGCACUGAAAAGCAUGAGAAGUUGGGUGACCUCCGGAAUCUUCCUUUGAAGACU